ACAAAAUCUCAAACUCGCGGAGGAGUUCUCUCUUACAAACAGUGCAAUACAAUAGAUUCUCGGCCUCAAUCUCUAUCACUGAUAGUCAGCGAUUAAGCUUCCGUGUAUUGCUUAUUUCAAGUCUUAAUUUUCUUUUAUUUUUGUUUAGGGUGUUGUUUCAGUGAUGCCAAAUUGUCUUAACUUGUUCAUGAGCGCCUUCAAUGGCGAUUAAGCUUUUAUCUUUAACAUUUUCAAGCAAAAUCCUCAAAUGGGUUAAUUUAACUGCCUGUAUAUCAUCACUUUUGUGUGCUAAUGCACUGCAAGUUACUGAUUAUGAAGCAAAGAUUCAAUCUUUGAGGAAUCAGCCAUACCUGGAUAAUCUUAUCCGGGUUUUGGAUAGCACUAGCGACUUGAACUCUGCUGUGAAGAUAUUUAAAUGAGUAUCUCUCCAAAAAGGGUUUCAACACAGCUGAUACUUAUGGUAAGAUAAUUUUGUAGUUUAGGAGAAUGAACAAGAAAGGGUGUAGUCCUAAUAGUAGUUUUGAGAUAAUAAUUAUAAACGGUCUUAUUUUGAGCAAUCGAGUGGAUGAUUCGGUUAUCAUUUUAGGCGAGAUUUUAUGUUGGAUUUGAGCUGAAAUUAAGUUUCUAUACCUGUAAAAUACCACUGUUUUGUAGGGAUAAAAAAACUAGGGGAGGGAAUCCGACUGUUAAGGUUGAUGAGAACUUCAAAUCUUUUGCCAGAUGGGUUGAUUUUUAGGGAGUUAAUUAGAUGCACGUGUGAGAUCCAUACGUUAGAUGAUGCGAAUUAUCUUCUUGAAGAGAUGAUGGAAAACGGUAGAACACCUGCUGUUGAUGUGUUUGUUGAUCUAGUAGUAGGACUUUGUGCUAUGCUUGAAGGCUGCUGCAAUGCUGGUAAAGUUUUUUUGGCAAAAAGUAUCCUGGACAAAAUGGAUGAGAGAAACAUAACUGAUUGUGAUUCUUGGAAUAUUCUAAUCAUAUGGCUUUCUGAGAUUAUGGAAAUAAGGAAAGCUGAUGAAAUCUUUGUAGAAUGUUUAUAUUUUCCAUAGUUCCUGACUCUGCGACAUACUCAGCUUUUGUUGUAGGCAACUGUCGGUUGAGAAAGUAUGAGGAUGCUCUGCAGGCAUUCCAUCGGGUUUGUAUCAAAAAUUGGGUUCUGGAUUCUAUAUCUUAUUAGGACUCAUGGAAAGCCUUUGCCAGGCAAGAAAAAUUUGGAGGCUGCUGAAGUAUUUCAUGUCAUGUCGAAGAACAGAUGCUCCCUCAGUCCUUCUUACAGUAUGCUGAUAGGUUGCAUGUAUAGCAUGGGACAAGUGGAUAAAGCAAUUAGGCUACGGGGUUUUUCUUACAGUUCUAAUACUUUUUAUACUACUCUAACUUACACGACAAUCAUGCAUGGAUUGUCAAAAUUAAAAAUGGCUAUAGGACUAAUGGUAAUUCUCUCACAAAUUUUGGUGGACAGUUGUGCUAUAGAUGUGGAAGUAUAUUGCAUCCUCAUACAAAGCAUGAGUGCACAAAAUUGAACUAAGGAUUCUGCUUUCUUUUUCAAUGUGCUGGUUCAUGAGGGUUUAGUGUCUGACCAAGAAACAAUGCAUACUCUUCUGUGUUGUUUGGCUAGCCAAUCUGACUUGCGCAUGGUUUUAAGUGGGAUUGAUAAACUAGUUUCUAAUAGUGAUACUUUGGAUUCAUCUAUGUGUAACAUACUUAUCAAUGGCCUCUGGAAAGAGGGUCUAAAAUGUGAGGCAUCCUGAUUAUCGGAUCUGAUGUUGGAAAAAAGGUUGGGUACCAGAUGCUAUAACUCACGGACUGUUGGUUGGGUCUUUCUAUUCAAUGCAAGAAAUGAAACUGUAAUUAGAAAGUUUCUAAAUUACCCUGGUGGAAAACUUGCCAUGAUGGGAUAUAUCAAGCAGUGCCCUAAUAAGUUUGAACUGGUUAUCAACUUGUCCAUCAGACUAUUUGGAUUCAUAGUUUUUGAGUAGAAUGAAGAGGGCAGAAAGAUUAUAAUCAGAAAAGGAUUGAGGUAUGAGGGAAGACUGGAAUUGCAACCUGCAGGCUAGAGAUUGUUGCAUAUUUAGCAGCUGAAGUUCAUUCUUCAACAAUAAGAUUGUUGUUGAACUCUAUCCGACCACAGUUGCUACAGAAGCAGUUUUCAUCAAGUUCUAGUCAUUGAUGUAAACUUUUACCGGUUACUUCGUUGAAGAGUGACAGUUGGUACAAGUUUUCUUCAGCUGAAAUUCUCACCAAGGAAAUGGAAAUUGAAAUGAUUAAUUUAAGAUACAAAUUGCUGUAAAGUAACAAUAUAGUUAAUGACUAAUAAAAAAAGCUAUAAUUUAACUUGAUUGCUCCAAUGGGCAUAUAUAUGACUUAGCUUGUGUCUCCUAAUAUUAAUUUCUGGGUUUGUCCUCGAAUCUGAUAUACUGCCUAAUCUGUGUUAUAUUUUGAGGAAUUGUGUUUUCUGGGUUGCAGAUUUUCAAGAUUAUUAAUGAAUAUUUAUGGGUAGUUUUGUUGAAUAAGCAGAGUUUAAGGAUGCAAGUGACAAGAAAAUUCUAGUAGACCUGUUGUUCCAGGCAACCUGCAAAUGUAAUGUUAAUGUCUGGAGAUCGAGAUUUCUCCAAUGCUCUCUGUCAAUUGAGGAUGAGAAGAUACAACAUUUUGCUUGCUCAGCUGCGAAAAGUCUUGGCUCUUCUCCUUGCAGUCACCAAGAUCAUAUGGCUCUUCACGAGUCUUGUGGCUUGGGACCCUUGUUUACGACUAAAAUUGGUAACAAAUUUCAGUCCCUAAUGAUAUGCCUUUUGCUCAUGUACAAGUUCCCUCCCUCGUGAAUCCUAAUCAGAAAUUCAGUAAUAGUGCUCUAGUUGAUAUGCUGGAAGAUGAAGAAACCUGUAAAUUAUCACCACCCUGGUACUAAUUAUAAUCCCAAGAGUUCUGUUAUGGGCCUUGCCUGGACAAAUUUGCUCAUUUCAACCUCGCUUAAAAUGGUUAUCGAAAUCAUUAUCCACCACAGUCUUUAAUGCCCAACAAUCGCCCUAAUUGUAAUCAACUCGUAGUUCUGUCCAAAAAGGUAGUGAAGUCACCAAAUUUGAUCCUAUUAGCAUGAAUCCGAAGCCUAGAUUUUGAAGUAAGUUGCAAAAUGGACAUAUAGAGCAUAGGAGGCUGUUGUUUUUGUCACUAGUAAACUCAAUUAACAUUUCUAGUAGUGUCAUAUGGGGAAUGCAAGGGUGUCCAAAACCUUCUUAUUAUGUCCAAAGUUGUAUAGGUGUAGUGUUCCUAGCAUUGAACUCCUUGAAAAGUAAGAUGAUAAUGGCAACUGAAGGUAAUAUGGUCGAUUGCAUUUGAUGUGGGGAGCAAAUGCAUCGGAAUAUUGUAAUUAAAAGGUCCUUGGAAAUUGAUAUUGAUCAGUACAUGGUAGUGAAGCAAAACAUUGGAGCUAUGAACUUGUAUGUUGAUAAGAAUGAGAAACUCUGGAAAUGUGUGAACCCUAUUGUUGGUAAUCCUACACAAAUCUCAGAAAUGACAUGGGAAAGAAUUAAAAAGCUUCUGAUGUCUCCUGGAGGACAAUCUGCAAUAAUGGCUUCUCAAUGCAGGUAUGAAGUUGGUGCUACAUUGAAGAAUUUGUGCUUGACAGAGUUUACAUUAGGUGACAUAUUUCAGAUCUUGAAUAUGGUAAUUACCAUAAAGAAAUGGAUUAUUCAUAAUCAAGCUGGAUGGCAGCCGUUUAUCAUUGCUGUUGCAGAGUGCAGCCCUGAAUUAGGCUCUAAAUCUGGUUCACAAAGUUUCAAUCUUGCUAUCCAUGGUAAGUUAAAGGGGCCACUUGAUAGUUCGAAAGGUAUUAAGUGUAUAUAGAUAGAUGAUUUGUUGCAAUAAGGUUCCUAAAACAAAAGUCUUCUUGUGCCAAGACUCAUUAUGUAGGUUUACUAAUGAUGAAAGUUGUUACACAUGAUGGCUACUGUCUAGAUUUUCAA